CCCCGCCGCCAUGGCGUCUCAGCUCCGGCUCGGCUCCGCGCUGGCCCUGGUCACAGGUGCGGGUAGCGGCAUCGGCCGUGCGAUCAGCGUGCGCCUGGCGGAAGAGGGCGCCGCCGUGGCCGCCUGCGACCUGGACGGGGCGGCCGCACAGGACACCGUGCGGCUGCUGGGCGGCCCGGGCAGCGAGGACGGGGCGCCGCGCGGGAAGCACGCUGCCUUCCAGGCGGACGUGUCGCGGGCCCCCGCGGCCAGGCGCCUGCUGGAGCAAGUGCAGGCCUGUUUUUCUCGCCCGCCAUCUGUCGUUGUGUCCUGUGCGGGCAUCACACGCGAUGAGUUUCUGCUCCACAUGUCAGAGGAAGACUGGGACAGAGUCAUAGCUGUCAACCUCAAGGGCACCUUCCUGGUCACUCAGGCUGCAGCCCAGGCUUUGGUGUCCAGUGGCUGUCGUGGUUCCAUCAUCAACAUCAGCAGCAUCAUCGGAAAGGUCGGGAAUAUUGGACAAACAAAUUAUGCAUCCUCCAAAGCGGGGGUGAUUGGGCUCACCCAGACUGCGGCCCGCGAGCUUGGACGACAUGGGAUCCGAUGUAACUCAGUCCUCCCAGGGUUCAUUGCAACGCCCAUGACCCAGAAAAUGCCCGAGAAAGUAAAGGACAAGGUGACUGCAAUGAUCCCGUUGGGACACAUGGGGGACCCUGAGGAUGUGGCAGAUGUGGUUGCGUUCUUGGCAUCUGAAGACAGUGGAUACAUCACAGGGGCCUCAGUGGAAGUCACUGGAGGUCUUUUCAUGUGACUGCCUCAUGGAAGCUGGACUCUGCUCGCUCCCCCAGCGCUGCCUGGCCUCCUGCUGAUGAGGACGCUGAGUUCCCAGGCUACAAAGCGGGUGGUGGUGUGUGGCUCAGGCUGAAUAUGGAAGGCAGGGGUGCUUGUGACCCUAAUAAAUUCCAAAUCCUCUUCCCUGCCA